CUGAUCCAGCCUGACGAUCCUAUUAGGCCAGUUGACUCGAUGCCCGCUGUUGAUCCAGAUGAUCCGGUACCUGAUCCGGUGCCCGCUGUCGAGCCAAAUGACCUGAUGCCUGGUGACCCGAUGCCCGCUGUCGAGCCAGACAAUCCGGUACCUGAUGACCCGGUGCUCACUGUCGUGCCUGUUGACUCGGAGCCCACUGCCUUGCCAGAUGACGCGGUGCCCGCUGUCAAGCCAAAUGACCUGAUGCCUGGUGACCCAGUGCCCGCUGUCCAGCCAGACGAUCCAAUGUCUGACCCAGGGCCCGCGGUCAUACCAGUUGACUCGGCGCCCACUGCCUUGCCAGAUGACGCGGUGCCCGCUGUCGAGCCAGACAAUCCGAUGACGCGGUGCCCGCUGUCAAGCCAAAUGACCUGAUGCCUGGUGACCCGAUGCCCGCUGUCCAGCCAGACGAUCCAAUGUCUGACCCAAUGCCAGCGGUCAUCCCAGUUGACUCGGAGCCCACGGUUGUGCUUGGUGACUCGGUGCCCGCCGCCCCGCCUGGGGGCCUGAGACCUGUCGCUCCUCCUGGGGGUCCGGCGCCCGCCGCUCCGCCUGAGGGCCCGAGAGACCUGUCGCUCCAUCUGGGGGUCCGGCGCCCGCCGCUCCGCCUGAGGGUCCGAGACCUGUCGCUCCGCCUGGGGGUCCGGCGCCCGCC